AUGAGCGCCUACAACCUCAAUAUGGCCAACAACGCCAACAUGUUGCCGGUACCUCAGCAGCAACAGCAGCAACCCGAAGCAGCGCGACCGCCUCCCAAGCGUCGAAAUCGCAAGGCCGUGUCUUGCGUCUCUUGUAGAGAGAAAAAGAUCAAAUGUGACCGUGUCGUGCCGUGCAAUCAAUGCAUCAAGCGUGGCGAGCAGGAUCAGUGUCGCAUCGAACAGAGACCCCAAAUCAUCCACGAUCAUGCUCAUUCGCACAACACCGUUCCUGCUCAGCCUUGGCCUAACUACAUCGACCCCCUCUCUUCCGGCUCCGCAGCAUACAGCCAGUUCAGUGCCGCUACAUCUACUGCCAAAGACCAGGUCAAUGCUGCGCACCCCUCUGGCAACCCCGCACCUACAGAAGCUGAAGCCGUAAAAUUACGUUUUGCGCAGGUUGAAGCAUUGCUCGUAGGUCAGACGCCCCUCUCCAGCGCUAACGCUUUCGAUCCUCAAUCCCCCGCCGCCUCCUCCAACUGGAAUGUGUAUAGGUCUACGAGUGGCCCCGGCUCCGGCUCAGCAGAGUUCGACCUCUCGCGCAUCAAGUCCAACAGCCCUGCCAACUCUUUUCCCAGCUCAGCUCAUCAUUCCAGCACAUCGCCGCAUGGUCCACCCGACGACACUGAUGAGAGUGACGCAGACGACGACACUGCUCCGUCCAGCCCUCGUGCCGAAAGCCGAAGGGUCUCACCCUCCAACCGCCUCAGGACAGACCAGAUGCCUGUUUCGAGAAAAGAGAUGGAUAGUGAUACCGAAGACGCUGCCGUCGUCCUCGAACGUCUUGCCAUGGAUGAUGCUUCCCAAUUGAGAUGGGGUAGUGCCGGAAAUGGCUGCCCGCUCCAGAAGACCGGAGCCCAAAACCCAAAUGCCGAGCAGUACAAGGGUAUGGUCAUCGAAAGCCUCGCCACCGGAGACAAAUUCGAAAGGUGCUUGCAGAAGGACAAGGAAGUCGGCCUCAUGUCUGUCCCCGACCACAAUGCUACAAAUGCCUCGUCAUAUCCUUCGCAGACCUUGAUUCAAUCUGCCACCAGUGUUGUUUCGCUCCCAGCAUCUGGUCAACGCGAGCCUACUGGUAUGCUUCUUCCGUCGCUCUCGAGCGCUCAAGACCCCGAUACAAGGCUCGAUGGCCAGCCGUCGUGUGCUUGUCGCGCUCCCAGCGACUCAGCCCAUGGACACGAUCAUACACAAGAUUAUGAAUGUCUCAAGAAGAACGAGCCAGCUUCGAAGGACCCAUCUCCCAUCACAGUGCCAUGUAAGCUUGCUUGCGAGAACAGGGGCCUGCUGCGUCUCAAGAGUGGUCCCGAGACCCUCCUCGGCUGGGGUAUGGGAUGGGCGUGGUCAGCUGCCGAGAUUCUGCUCCAGCAAGAUCAGCAAAAGGCCAAGCUGGAGGGUGUGCCGUUCGUAUCCACUUCUCGAACCGAACGCGAGGCUGUGUUGCGCGCCGUCUGCGAGAGUCUUCCCUCUAAACAAAUCGCUUACCAGCUCAUCGAAGUCUACGAGUCCCGGGCGCGCUACCUCUGCGGUCAUGUCAUACACGUGCCCUGCCUAAAGCGAGAAAUGGAGGCUUUCUACGCUCUCGACUCGACCGAGAAGCGCGCUCGUGUCAUCAAUCAUGUCGAUCCGGGCUGGCUAGGCAUGUUCGUCAUGGUGCUUGCUCUCGGUAUACGCUUCUAUCCAUGUACGCCCAAGGCUGGAUGGCAGCCCGCCAACCACCUGUUUGAUGGCAAAACCAUCCACGCAUGGCACUCGGCAGCAAAGUCGUGCCUUGUCCUUGCCAACUAUCUCAACUCUUCAAGCAUGAGCGUCAUCCAGGCCAUCCUUCUCAUCUAUCUCUUCGGCUCGGUCUCUGGUGCCAGCUGUGGUGGUGAGGCAGACUCCGGCACCACUAACAUUGCUCUCAUUCGUAUCGCCAUCACUAACGCGCAGGAGAUGGGUCUGCACCGCCUUGGCGAUCUUGACAAGCAGCCUCGGCCGAACGAGCCCUCUUCUAAAGUCAUUCGCAGGGAGAUCGCCAAACGUAUCUGGUGGGCACUCGUUUUCCGCGAUUGGAGCGCCGCCGGCACCGGUUGCUCCAAAGACUACAUCAUCCGAUCUGAGCACUUCAAUACUCCGCUCCCCGGCAACUACAACGACGACGAUCUCAUGCUCACACCGCUUCCUGCGCCACGACCCAGGGAAGAGUUUACCGAGAUGUCCUACGUCCUCUCAAAUCUUGAGUUCGGCAUGGUGGUCAAGGAGGACGUUGAUAUUCGCCACCGUCGGGAGCUCCAUACCGCCACCAAUGGCGGCGAUCGUCGCAUAACUUGCUCCGAGGCGCAGAAGCUCGACUUUUUGUACCGUAGUGUUCUCGAAAACGCCCCGAGCUUCUUCAAGGUCGGAUCCGAGAUUGGCCGCGUCACGUGCAUCGAAGUCCAGCGUUGGCUGCUCCAGCAGGCCAUAUUCAGCAAACUUCUGCGCAUCCACCGCCCCAAUCUAUCGAGUCGCAAAGAGUCGCGCACCAACUGUGUGCUUUUGGCUCGCUCGAUCCUCGACAUGCAGAAGAAGAUCCGUUCCAGAUGCACGGUUAUUGAUCGUCUCUGGGUCAAUCUUAUGCAGAGCUUCUCCGCAGCCAUCGUUCUCGCGCUUCACUUGCUUCACACCCGGCCUACCGCCGACCACCGUGUCUCGGUGCGAUCUGAGAUCACAGAAGCUAUUCGAGCACUUAAGCAGGUCGACGGGAACGAUUGCGCUUCCAAGAAAUGCAUCCGCAUCAUCGAGGCCCUUCUCGAAGAGGAGGAAGAACGAUGGCAGGCUGGAAACGCAGCGCUUGCCCGCAAAGAUGACAGUUCGCCACAAGAGACAGCCAAGCCAAAGCGAAAGCGUCAGAUGGACGUAGAAGGUGGCGACGACGAGGCUGCUCCUGUUUCGGGAGUCGGUCGAAGGAAGAAUCUGCUCAGUCUUGCUCACAGAGUUGCGCAGGCGACAAGCGAGGACGGCUUUGCCCAACAGCGCCAGGCUAGUACCGCACCGAUCCCGACCGAUGACCCUUCGAAGCGACAGGCCACAUUGGCCGCAGUCCGACCCAUGUCCGGCGCUCAGAACAAUGCUUUGCUCGAGGUGAAUGGCGUCACAGCGCUAAAGGAUGAUGCAUCGUUAUUCUUGAUGAACAACACCACUUUGCCCUCCUUCGGGCCCAGUCCGCUGCCAAGCGCAAGUGGUAAUGCUGAUGACGUACCGUUCCCUCAAAUGUUGCAGGCCAUGCCUCUCGCGAGCAACCUGUUCAAACCUGACGGUGUAGAUCCCUCACAGCGCAUGGUGCCACCUAACGGUGUUGAUCUGAUGCUCAACAACCCCGUCACACCACCCGAUGGCCAACCCUUCGAUCUGGCUGCUUUCUUGGAACAGGUGACCAACUCCCCUGGAAGUUCGACCGACAUCAGCUUGUCUUCUGGCAACGAGCGCUCUGCUUCUACAUCAUCGGAUGUAUCGGGUCUGGACGACAAGGCAUCCGCUUCGGCAUUCGGCGGCAGCACCGCAAGUCUGGGCGAUGCUACCGACAAUACGAGUGUGUCAAGCUUUGGCGAGCCGCUUUUGACCAAAGAAGCCAUUCACCGUCAACAGCAACACCUACAAGCCAGCGCGGCCGGCAACGCCCCUGCGAUCAGCGCGCCCGUUAUUCAGAAUGGCACAUCGGCUGUUUUCACGACGCAAAACAGUUCGCCGGCAAGCGCACAUCCAGAAGUGACCGGCGCCAACGGCAUCACAGCUCCUACGACGGCGUCGGCCUACCCAACCCAAGCGGCGCCCGUGCUGGUACAAACGUCGUCUUCCGGCAGUGCCAAUGGCAACGAUGCGCUCGCCAUCAACACUAUGGCUUCGCCGCCGUAUCAGCAACAGAUGCCUCAGAAUGCGCUGUAUGCAACGCAGUCAACGUUCCCGCCUACGCCACAGUCAGCUCACAGCGGCCUCACGCCGUUCCUCAGUCCUGAUGAUUUUUUCAACAACACUGCUGAACCGAAGACCCACGGCUACCCAACUCCAAGCUCGCUCGCAUCAUCGUCGACAUCACCGGCCAGGGUCGGCAGCAACGUGAUGGCGACCAGCAAUAGCACACCAGCAUACCAGCCGCUAGUCUCGUCGGCGUCGGGUGCAGUGCCAGUGUACGCCGCUACGCCGGAAGCUCAGAAAGGCGUCGGAGCAGCGACAGGCGGUGUCUCGGUAGGCACGCCGAGCGCCGGAUUUGGAUUGGACGCCUUCCUCGGCGCUCCGCUCUACGAUUUCGCCGACUUUGCCAACGCUUGGACGGCUUCAAACCCCGCCUCGGCUCCAAUGGGCUCGAGUAUGGGACCCGUCUCUGAUCCAUAA